AUGCCCAUAUCUUUCCGUUCCUACAGACAGAGAUACUCACGAUACCCUAUGUCAAUCCUAAUAUCUGAUCCACGAGCGUUCAAGGUUUAUUUGAGUGGGUCAAUUCUCGUACAUCUUCUCGCCUUCAGGCCAAACACGGAUAGGCUAGAAAUUAUUGUCACUGACUAUACUCGCAAUGAUAGACUAAACGAGAAGGUGACCGGGGACGAAAUCAAACUAAGCCUACGAGAGGACCAGAAACUUGUGAUGAAGGUGGACCAUACGCUUUUCGAGGCAAUUUUCUUGGAGUAUGAAAAGACGACAGGUUCUGUGCUCUUCGAGGAAUCUGAGGUUGAUCUAGACAAAAACAAGUGGGUAGACCUCUCACUGAAAUUUUGUUUUUUGGAGAUUGGUGCAGCCUUAACCAAAAGUACCAUUGCUUUCGUCAACAAAGCAAAGUUCGCGACCACUUUUUCGCCAGGGUUUGAUCUGUUUUGGGAAAGACUUUGUCUGGUCCUCAUUGAUGACCCUCAUUUCAAGAAUAAUCGCAAUUUACUCAUUUCAUCCGAGGGACAGGAAAUUGGUGAGAAGAUUGUGAAACUAAGAAAAGAAUUUAACUCGUCUUCUAUUGGUUCUGGCUCACAGGACUCGGCUGGGCCCUCCCAGACUAAUUUAAAGCGAGAAGAGUUGACGAUGGAUGAACUGUCAAAUUUACCCAUUGAUCCUAGCCAAGAUUAUAACUCUCUUUUUCGCGAAACUUUGGAGCCUGUGUCUCAAGCUGACUCGAACAACUCUCUCAAUGACAAUUUUUUCGCGAAGGUUAAUGGUGUUGUGCCUCAACAAAGUCGACAGGUCCCUGAAAUAGCAUCGCAGGAGUUCCUCACUCAAUUGGGUACUCUUCCGAAGCCCAAUUAUCAAAACAAAGUAUCAGAUUUUGACAUAUCUGACUAUAAUCUGAGUAACGGAUUGUUGAACAAGAGUUCACAGUCGAGUUACAGCGGCUCGAGGAGCAACACACUGACCUUGUCGUUAGGUGCAAUCAAUCAAAUGUCUCCUGAAAUCAAUGGCGAUAUCUUCAAGACCACUGGACGUAUUGUUGGUUAUUUUCCAUUGAAGUUAGGUCAGCUCUGUUCCAAGCUGUACAUAGACGAGAACGGAGAGGUGACUAAUUCGGGACCCAAGCUCGGGGCACUCAGAUUAUUUCUUUGCAGUGAUAGCUCCGGGACUUUGACACCGGAUAAUUCUUUGUCGGUCUUUAUUCCCAAGCCUCUUGUUUCCAAGUUUUUCUCUUGCAGCCACACAGAACAACUCUACACCCAAAUAAAAGAAAAAGAGAAGGAUCUUAAGACGUUGCUUCUGAAAGAGCUUGAUUUUGAGAUUUACCUUGACUGUUUGAAUGGGCAAAAAGUGUGGAUUUGGAGAAGUGAGCCAUUGAUAAAUUUAAUCUAG